AUGCUCCAUAAUGACACCACACCUUUCACUAACAUACCUCUCACCAUCAUGCCUUUCGCCAUCAUGCCUUUCGCCAUCAUGCCUUUAAUCUUCAUGCCUUUCGCCAUCAUGCCUUUCGCCAUCAUGCCUUUCGCCAUCAUGCCUUUCGCCAUCAUGCCUUUAAUCUUCAUGCCUUUCGCCAUCAUGCCUUUCGCCAUCAUGCCCUUCAUCUUCAUGCCUUUCGCCAUCAUGCCUUUUGCCAUCAUGCCUUUAAUCCUCAUGUCUUUCGCCAUCAUGCCUUUCGCCAUCAUGCCUUUCGCCAUCAUGCCUUUCAUCUUCAUGCCUUUCGCCAUCAUGCCUUUCGCCAUCAUGCCUUUCGCUAUCAUACCUUUCGCCAUCAUGCCUUUCGCCAUCAUGCCUUUCAACUUCAUGCCUUUCGCCAUCAUGCCUUUAAUCUUCAUGCCUUUCGCCAUCAUUCCUUUCGCCAUCAUGCCUUUCGCCAUCAUGCCUUUCGCCAGCAUGCCUUUAAUCUUCAUGCCUUUCGCCAUCAUGCCUUUCAUCUUCAUGCCUUCGCCAUCAUGCCUUCGCAUCAUGCCUUUCAUCUUCAUGCCUUUCGCCAUCAUGCCUUUCGCCAUCAUGCCUUUCAUCUUCAUGCCUUUCGCCAUCACACCUUUCGCCAUCAUGCCUUUCAUCUUCAUGCCUUUCACCAUCAUGCCUUUCGCCAUCAUGCCUUUCGCCAUCAUGCCUUUCGCCAUCAUGCCUUUCGCCAUCAUGCCUUUUGCCAUCAUGCCUUUCGCCAUCAUGCCUUUUGCCAUCAUGCCUUUCGCCAUCUCGCCAUUCAUCUUCAUGCCUUUCGCCAUCAUGCCUUUCAUCUACAUGCCUUUUUCCAUUAUGUCUUUCGCCAUCAUGCCUUUCGCCAUCAUGCCUUUCAUCUUCAUGCCUUUCGCCAUCACACUUUUCGCCAUCACGCCUCUCACCAUCACACCUUUCGCCAUCACGCCUCUCACCAUCACAUCCUUCGCCAUCACGCCUCUCACCAUCACACUUUUCGCCAUCACACCUUUCGCCAUCACGCCUCUCACAAUCACGCCUUUCACCAUCACGCCUCUCACCAUAACAUCUUUCACCAUCACGCCUUUCACCAUCACACCAUCCUGCCUACCUCCCUUCACCACCGCUGCCACCACAUCACCACCACCAGUAGCUGGUCCACAGACUCCAUUAUUCCCAAUUUUAAUAAUGAAACUGACACACACGCCUCUGCCCGGGACCAUUACCCUACGGACCGCUGUUAUCAUUAUUGUAAUUGUGGUGCCAAUUACGCUGAUCACACCUGGAUUACCGCGCUGGGAUUUUUGGCUGAAGUACAGGGCGGGUGAAAAAAAAGACUUUUGA